AUGCGAGACCGGCACGGUGCUCUGAUCACCUUCAUGUCCAUUGUCAUUACUAUUAUUAUGAAAUUAAACUUUGUGAACGCUUAUGCGAUGCCGGAUCACCGUCCACUUUUGUUGAAGACGGCUAAGUUUUUGUUUCCCUGUGACUUCGGCACGCGGUACACUCCCGCGUGGCAGGGUACCCCCCUCUCUUCCGGCGCCAGCCUGCGAGGAGCUGUUUCUACAGCACUGAAAGCCAGGCGACACCAAAAGUACUGUUAUUCUAGUGAGGUCUUCCUGUUUCGAGCGGGCCUGCAUGGCGCAAGUAACAAACCGUGGCGUCAUUCCCCGCGAUCAUCUUCAAUUCUGCAGUCUCAGCUGACAGCCCCAACCGUGGGACUUCGCAGGGCUGGGUCAUGGUCGUCGUUUUUGGGUCACCCGAGUCUGCAAGCAAAUCAACGAGGAAUUACGACGGACACAGUUCUAGAGCGAGGCCUGUUGACGCUGAGAUUUGACGAAGAUGACGGCAAUUCGACAACCUUGAUAAUCGGGCGGACAGCAGAGCAGAACGAGCGGGUGAGUUUUGUCGUCGCGAGGCCUGCAGACCUCUGGUUCCAUGUAAGGGACUUUCCCGGAUCGCACGUGAUUCUGCGCGGUCAAGGGAGUUCGUGGAAACCAACGAAGCAGCAUAUGCAGUUGGCUGCGGACUGCGCAUGCUAUUUUUCCAAAGGCCGCGGGAAAAGUGCGCAGAUGGCAGUGACAUUCACUGCGGCAAAGAAUGUAUCCAAAGUCAAAGGAGCACCUACUGGCUCGGUCGAAGUCGCAUCUCCACAAACGACACUUGUGGAGAAAAUAAUGCAAGAGCGCCGCAAGUUGAACAACAAGAAGAAACACAGACCCAACGAGACCACUCCCAGUUCGGCACUGUCUGAAACGCUGCAAAAAACAACGGAGCCGCAGAAGACUGGCUAG